CGGACCGAAGACCGAAGGAGCCCAGAGGGACAGCGCCCGAGCCCGGUAGAGAGAGGCACAGCCUCCGAGCCUGCUGGCCCGGGCUGGCCUGGGCUUAGGGGUGCAGCCUCCAGGGCCCCUUCCCCUCCUCAGCCUCCCUCCAGGGCCCCUUUAAGACAGGGCUGGUCCUCUCCUUUCCAAGUUAACCCCUGGAAGCCCAGGUGGCCCCCGGGGCUCCGGGCCCCAUUGGGCGGGGGCCGGGGGAGCCAGGGGCGGAGAAAGAGCUGCCGAGGUCUGGGAGGGAGAGAAGAGGCCGGGGAGCAGGGAAGGCGGGGAGCAGGGAAGGCGGCCACCAAGAGGAGCCGGGGCAAAGGGCCCCCACUGUGCCAGGCGGGCAGUGCCAAAGUAGGGGAGCCCGGAGCUGGGGGGAGGGCCGGGGACAGCCCGGCCCUGCCCCCUCCCCUCGCAGGGGUGGCCAGCAACUUCUGAGGAGAGUUUGGCAGAGAACACCCAGUGCCCCAGGAUGGGCAGGGUCCUGCUGGCCUGGUGGUUGGCGCUGUGCUGCUGGGGGUGCGUGGCCCCCGAGGGCUCCCAGGCUGAGGUGGACCCUUUUGUGACGAGCCCAGAGAACAUCACUGGGGCCCGGGGACUCAUGGGGGCCCUUCGGUGUGAGCUCCUGGUUCACGAGGAGCCCCCUGAGGUGUCCUGGCUUCGGGAUGGACAGGUCCUAGAGCUGACGGACAGCACCCAGAUCCAAGUGCCCCUGGACGAAGAUGGAGAGGAUGACUGGAAAGUGAUCAGCCAGCUCAGACUCUCGUCCCUGCAGCUCUCGGACGCGGGAUGGUACCAGUGUUCUGUGGUCCUGGGAGGAAGGACUUUUGUGUCCCGGCCCGGCUACGUCGGGCUCGAGGGCCUGGCCUACUUCUUGGAGGAGCCUGAGGACAGGACUGUGGCUGCCAACACCCCCUUCAACCUGAGCUGCCAGGCCCAGGGGCCCCCAGAGCCCGUGGACCUACUCUGGCUCCAGAAUGCUGUACCCCUGGCUCCAGCCACGGGCCACGGCCCCCAGCACGUACUGCGUGUUCCAGGCCUGAACAAGACGUCUUCUUUCUCCUGUGAAGCCCAUAACGCCAAAGGGAUCACCACAUCCCGCACGGCCACCAUCACAGUGCUCCCCCAGCGGCCCCGUGACCUCCACUUGGUUUCCAGCCGGCCCACGGAGCUGGAGGUGGCUUGGACCCCAGGCCUGAGUGGCAUCUACUCCCUCACCCACUGCACCCUGCAGGCUGUGCUGUCAGACGAUGGGGUGGGCAUCAGGCUGGGAGAGCCAGACCCCCCGGAGGAGCCCCUCACCUUGCAAGCAUCGGUUCCCCCUCACCGACUUCGGCUGGGCAGCCUCCGUCCUCACACCCCUUAUCACAUCCGUGUGGCGUGUGCCAGUAGCCAGGGCUCUUCACCCUGGACCCACUGGCUUCCCAUGGAGACGCCGGAGGGAGUGCCCCUGGGCCCCCCCGAGAACGUUAGUGCCAUGCUGAAUGGGAGCCAAGCCCUCGUACGUUGGCAGAAGCCAGCGGCGCCCCUGCAGGGCACCCUGUUAGGGUAUCGGCUGGCCUAUCGAGGUCAGGACACCCCCGAGGUACUGAUGGACAUAGGGCUAAAGCAGGAAGUGACCCUGGAGCUGCGGGGGGACAGAACGGUACCCAACCUGACGGUGUGCGUGGCAGCCUACACCGCCUCUGGGGACGGACCCUGGAGCCUCCCUGUGCCCCUGGAGCCCUGGCGCCCAGGGCAAAGACAGCCAAUGCACCAGCUGGUGAGUGAACCCCCAGCCCCCGCCUUCUCAUGGCCCUGGUGGUAUGUACUGCUGGGAGCCGUUGUGGCCGCCGCCUGCGUCUUCAUCUUGACUCUGUUCCUCGUCCACCGGCGGAAGAAGGAAACCCGCUAUGGAGAGGUGUUUGAACCAACAGUGGAGAGGGGUGAGCUGGUGGUCAGAUACCGCGUUCGCAAAUCCUACAGUCGCCGGACCACUGAAGCCACCUUGAACAGCCUGGGCAUCAGUGAGGAGCUGAAGGAGAAGCUGCGGGAUGUGAUGGUGGACCGGCAUAAGGUGGCCUUGGGGAAGACCCUGGGAGAAGGAGAGUUCGGAGCUGUGAUGGAGGGCCAGCUCAACCAGGACGACUCCAUCCUCAAGGUGGCCGUGAAGACGAUGAAGAUUGCCAUCUGCACAAGGUCGGAGCUGGAGGAUUUUCUGAGCGAAGCUGUCUGCAUGAAGGAAUUCGACCACCCCAACGUCAUGAGGCUCAUCGGCGUCUGUUUCCAGGGAUCCGAACGAGAGGGUUUCCCAGCACCUGUGGUCAUCUUACCGUUCAUGAAACAUGGAGACCUGCACAGCUUCCUUCUCUAUUCCCGGCUCGGGGACCAGCCGGUGUUCCUGCCCACUCAGAUGCUGGUGAAGUUCAUGGCAGACAUUGCCAGUGGCAUGGAGUACCUGAGUACCAAGAGAUUCAUACACCGGGACCUGGCUGCCAGGAACUGCAUGCUGAACGAGAACAUGUCUGUCUGUGUGGCGGACUUUGGGCUCUCCAAGAAGAUCUACAACGGGGACUACUACCGCCAGGGCCGCAUCGCCAAGAUGCCCGUCAAGUGGAUCGCUAUAGAGAGCCUGGCCGACCGCGUCUACACCAGCAAGAGCGAUGUGUGGUCCUUCGGGGUGACCAUGUGGGAGAUUGCCACACGGGGCCAAACCCCAUAUCCAGGAGUGGAGAACAGCGAGAUUUACGACUAUCUGCGCCAGGGGAAUCGCCUGAAGCAGCCGGUGGACUGUCUGGACGGGCUGUACGCGCUGAUGUCCCGGUGCUGGGAGCUGAACCCCCAAGACCGGCCGAGUUUUGCAGAGCUGCGCGAAGAUCUGGAGAACGCUCUGAAGGCCCUGCCCCCUGUCCAGGAGCCCGAUGAAAUCCUCUAUGUCAACAUGGAUGAGGGUGGGAGUCGUGCCGAACCCCUUGGAGCUGCCGGAGGAGCUGACCCCCCACCACAGCCUGAGUCUAAGGAUUCCUGCAGCUGCCUCACUGCGGCCGAGGUCCAUCCUGCUGGACGCUAUGUCCUCUGCCCUUCUACAGCCCCCGGCCCCACACUGCCUGCUGACAGGGGCUCCCCAACACCCCCAGGGCAGGAGGAUGGAGCCUGAGACAACCCUCCACCCCAGGACUCCCUCUCAGGACCCAAGCUAGGCACUGCCACUGGGGGACAACCCCCCCCCACCACUCCUUCCCCAUUCCAGGCCUUACCCCUAACCACAGCCCUCUCUUCCUACCUGCUCCAUUUCCAUCCCACACAGAUCCUCUCCCUUUCCACCCCGUAGUGUCCCCUUGUGUACCAGAAAGGGGUUGGUCUGCAAUCUCUAAGGGUCCUCCUAGGUCUAACAUUCCAAGAUUCUGGAUUCUAAGGUUUAAAGAAUCUAGAUUCAAAGGUUCUAGGUUUUAAAGAUGCUAUGAGUCUUUGGCUCUAAGGACCUGAAAUUCCAAAGUCUCUAAUUCUAAAGUGCUAAGGUUCUAGAGAUGGAAGUUCUAAGGCCUAUAUUCUAAAACUCUGAAAUUCUAUGGCUCUAGAUUUUUCUGGUUUUAAGGUUCUUGAUAAAGCCUGUAAGUUUUUAAUUUCUAAAGUUCUAAGACUCUAGGUCUAGGAUCUAAGACUCUGAUUUUAGAUUUUAUUUUCCUUAGGCUAUGAGAUUCUUGAUUCUAAAAUCCUACAAUUCUAGACAUGGAGGUUUUAAGGCCUAAAAUUUGAUGUUCCUAUCCUCUUAGAGUACAAGAGUCUAGAUCAUAAGGCUUCAAAAUUUCAUCUCAAGUUCUAAGAUUCUGAUGGUCAAUUAUAGGCUCUAAGGUUUUAUGAUCCUCAAAGCUCUUAUUAUAAGAUUCUGGAUCCUAAAGGUCUAAGAUUCUAGAAUCUUCAAUUCAAAAGUUCAAGAAUCUACAGAGGGAGGUUCUAAGGUCUAAUGUUCUAAGAUGCGAUAUUCUAAGACUUAGUCUAAGAACCUAGAUUCUGUGUCUCAGAUUUGAGAUAUGUGCUUCAAGAGUCUAGAUUAUUAAACUCUAAGAUUCCAAUGCUGUUCUGUUCUAUGUUCCGAGAUACUUUAGGUUCUAUUGGUCCAAGAUUCUGGAUCCUCAGCAACCAACGUAUAAGACUCUACAGUUAGUUGUGACUAACUAGAUACCAAAGUUCUAAUUAUUUCUAAUGUUGGACGCCUUUAGUUUCUACGCUGCAUUCUGACUUUCUAGGAUUUUAAUUAGGGAUCCAAGACUCCACAAUAUUAAAUCUUAAGAUUCUAGACACUGUAGUUUUAAGAUUCAAAAGGUCUACAGGUCUAGAAUUCCAAGGUACAAUUCGAGGUUCUAACCUUAUAGUAUUCUUCUGUGUGACCCUCUUAUUCUUAGCCACCUCUGCUUCCUGCUCCCCUCGUGUGCCCCACUUCAAGCCCGUGCAAUGCAUUAGGGAUGCCUCUUUUCCCCAGGGACAAUCUUCCUCUUUUUGGGCCAUGCUGCCCCUAUGAGCCAGUCCCUCUUGUCCUCUGUACAGAGUGAAGACUCUGGCGCCUCCAGAGGGGCUCAGAUCACAUUAAACUUUGUAACCAUG